AUGGUCACCGGAAAAAGGCUAGCUGGAGAGAUAAUGUUCGAGUUCCCAGAUUGCAUGGUUUGCCAUGCAGACUCGUUCUACAUCGGAAACCCUAUUCCGUCCUUAAACAUCGACGAUAAGCUCAGAAAUGGCGAAACAUACUUUAUUUUCCCUCUGGAUUACUUCUCAUCAUGCAACGUGCUCUCGGCCUCUACUCUGGCUACCCUGGGCGCAAACCCUAGACGGGCUCCAGUCAACUUUCGGAACCCUAUUUUUCAAUACGUUAAGGCGGAAAAUGGUAGGGUUUUGAUAAAAGUGUCAUCAGAGUUCAUAAUUAAGCUACUUACAAGAAGAAAUGAAGAUCAACAGGAUAUUGUUACAACUAAUACAAGUCCUAGUGAUGGUAAGUUUUUAUGUAAUACACCUGAAUUGAAGAAACAUUAUGAACAAUUGGUUGGUCCAAAAGGGCGAAUUUGGUCACCUAGGCUUGAGACUAUUUCUGAAUACAAAAUUAGGUAUUCUCCUUGUAGGUUUAUAGGGUUGGAAUGGAAGCAGAAAGAAGAAUGA